CCACUAAAAAAGUUAAACUAACAUAAUCUUAGAAUAAACGUCACUUUUAGCUUAAAAACGGGGGGAAGUCACAGCUGGGACCAACAUUUAGGCGAAAACUGGUUUCUAACAGUUAAUCUCAAAACAGUGUUUGGUCACGUGGUUAAAGGUCAAAAGUUUCACGGGGAAUCAACAUGGCGAACGAGAUGACAUCUAGAGCCCCGGAGUCGCUGCAAUGUCCCGUUUGCUUUAAAGACUUCAACCCGGCCACAAUUAACGGACACCUCGAUGUGUGUCUGCUGAAAGGAGUCACCGACGGCAUCCCGUCCCCCACGGAGGAGACCGGACCUCCCUCAAAGAAACCGCGCGCUAGUGCGGAGGCUGUACCACCCGGCCCCGCUGUCAACAAAACCGGGGCAGGGACCCCGGCAUCUGCGAUGUUCUCCCUGUUUCAGACCAACAAGAGUAACGUGUCGGUUCAAAGUGGACGGAGUGGUUUGUUUACCGCUAAGCAGAGCGUUGCCGCUGCCGUCAACAGGGGGGUUCAACGUGGUGUGCUGAAGGGGGCUGAACCUGAACCUGGACCAGCAGGGACAGAGACUGCGAGGGGCCAAACAUGUGUGUCCAGCGGACAGACGGUGAAGACAGCACGGGGUUCAUCGCCGCGGACACUGCUAGCGAUGGACAAGCCUUUGGCGGAGAUACUGCGACCAAACACACUGGCGGAAUACUUUGGCCAAAGCGAAGUGGUGGGCCAGCGAACGCUCCUCCGGUCCCUUCUGGACUCGCAGGACAUACCGUCCCUGAUCCUCUGGGGACCACCGGGAUGCGGAAAGACGACUCUAGCUCACAUCAUUGCCAGCACCAGUAAAAAGAACGGCACAGCUCGUUUUGUCACUAUGUCUGCGACCAGCGCGUCCACCAAUGAAGUCCGAGAGGUUAUCAAGCAGGCGCAGAAUGAGCUCCGACUGUGCAAGAGGAAGACCAUCCUGUUCAUUGAUGAAAUUCACCGCUUCAACAAAUCCCAGCAGGACACGUUCCUUCCUCACGUGGAGUGUGGGACGGUAACACUGAUCGGAGCAACCACCGAGAAUCCGUCCUUCCAGGUGAAUGCUGCCCUGCUGAGCAGGUGCAGGGUGCUAGUUCUGGAGAAGCUCUCAGUGGAGGCAAUGGGCUCAAUCCUGGACAGGGCUGUGGCCACACUCGGUAUCAGAGUCCUGGGGCGAGAUCCAGCAACUCCCGAAGAUCAAGAGCAAACAGAUGGACAUGAGCCAAAGAUUUACAUUGAGCAAAAAGCUCUGGACACCGUAGCCUACCUCUGUGAUGGUGACGCUAGAGCAGGACUCAAUGGUCUGCAGCUGGCUGUUAAGGCUCAGGUGAGCUUGACCCAGCAAAACCUGUUAGCAGAAGACGGUUCUCCUCAAGAUAUUCUAGUGAAGGAGGAGCAUGUCAAGGAGGGUCUUCAGAGAUCCCAUAUACUCUAUGAUAAAGCUGGGGAAGAGCAUUACAACUGUAUCUCAGCGUUGCAUAAAUCGAUGAGAGGCUCCCAUGAGAAUGCCUCUCUCUACUGGCUGGGCCGCAUGCUGGAGGGCGGUGAGGAUCCCCUCUAUGUGGCUCGCAGACUGGUCCGCUUUGCCAGCGAGGAUGUUGGUAUGGCAGAUCCCUCUGCUCUCCCUCAGGCUGUUUCCACCUUCCAGGCCUGUCACUUCAUCGGGAUGCCGGAAUGUGAGGUGAUCCUGGCUCAGUGUGUGACGUAUCUGGCAAGAGCACCCAAGUCUGUGGAGAUCUACAAGGCCUAUGGUAAUGUGAAGGCCUGUUUGAGGAACCACAAAGGCCCCCUGCCUCCUGUGCCCCUGCACCUCCGCAAUGCCCCCACAAGGCUGAUGAAGCAGCUGGGCUACGCUGAAGGCUACAAAUACAACCCGGCCUUCUGCAGCCCCAUAGAGCAAGAGUACUUACCUGAGGACCUGCAGGGCAUUGACUUCUUCACCUGGACGCCCUCUGACCCAUGAGAUUCUCUUGUAAGGCUUUACGCCACAUAAUGUAUAGUCUGAAACCAAGGCUGCUGAAUGAAAAUAAUCUUUUGACAUGAACUUUACUAGGGUAUAUGUUUUGAUGUAACUGCUGAUCCAAAUUCACACUUGCAGUUGGGGCUUUUGACAUGUUCAUGUUCAUGUUCAAAUUUUCAUCACAGCCAUUUACAUUCACAUGUUCUGUCGUGCAAAUGUAUAUACCGUUUUACUUUGGUCAAUUGUUUUUGAUUAUAAAGGAUACACAAACCAUUUAUAGUUUCAUUUACUUUUCAAUAUGCUCAUAAUAAAGUCCUUAAUUUGUUAAAAAUAGCAAAAAACAUACAGUUAAUCUACACAACAUGCCUUUGUGUUUCCAUUAUAAAUACUUAAAUGUUUACUAUGUAAAAUAUGUGUAUGUUUGGGUUCAUCUUUGUCCUGCCCCUGUAAAAAUGUCAUACAUUGUUGAAAAUCAUUAAAAUGUUUUUU